GCUUGGCAUGCCCUUUAGUAGACUCACUUGCAGUUUCGCUCGUUCCUUGAGGAGUGAACACCUUUCUCGGUCACUCAGAGUUGAUAUAGCACUAAAUGAGCACCCAAAAUAUGAUGCGAUCAGAGUCGGAGGACCCUGGCUUGGACAAUAAAGCAUACGAGUGUGACGCCAAUGGCUCGACCAACCACGAGGUCAAACCUAAACAAGAGAAGGAUGGAUUUCAGAAUGUCGGUUUCUCCAGAUCGGCUGAUGACGUUUUCGUGUCCAUCCCGGCGUCAAAGGAGGUGACGACGACAUCCGCAAAGCCCUACGGAGGUGACGAGGAGAAGAUGUACCGGUACGGAUGGCGUGGUUUUAAACCAGGUUUCAUACAGAAAUUCAACAGAAUCGGAAUCUUCGUCUUCUGGGCUAUAGUACUCUGUGUUACCGAGGGUUUUACAGUGAACGGGAUAGCCAAUGCAGCUUUACCUCAUCUAGAGAAACAGUUCGGCCUCCAAAGCUCCAAAUCUGCCCUGAUAACAAGUUCCCAGGACAUAGGAGCCCUGGUCGUUGUCCUGUUCGUCAGCUUCAUCGGAGGCCGGUACAACAAGGCGUCUUGGGUCGCCGGGGGCUCGCUCAUCAGUGCCGUCGGGUCUUUCUUGUUUAUGGUUCCUCAUAUGGCUACAAAUGCCCCCGUUAUAGCUUCUUCUGGUAGUUCUUCUGUGUCACCCAUAUGUGAUCUCCAGAAUUCGACUUCCGGUUCCGGUCCUACGUCUGGGGACGGUAGUGGGCUGUCCCAUUAUCUAGGGGUGUUCAUGAUCGCUCAGAUGGUUCACGGGGUAGGCUUCACACCCAUGUUAUCACUUGGAACAGCCUAUAUUGAUGAGAACGCGGAACCCGCGUCAGCAGCUAUAUACGUCGGUUUGACGUAUGCUGCGGCUGCAGUCGGGGUCGCAAUUGGGUUCUUUGCCGGAGGCCAGUUGACGGAGAAGUUUUACGUGGAUUAUGACAGGGUGGAUCAGGCAAGUUUAGAUUUCGGGCCCCGCGACCCGCGUUGGAUCGGAGGAUGGUGGAUCGGGUUUACAGUAUCGGUUUUGCUGUUCGCGUUGGCAUCCAUCCCGUUGUUUGGCUUCCCGAGGGCUAUACCAGGGGGUGAAAAACACCGCAAUGAACUGGCGCAAGACGCGAAUGGCCGUGAGGAGAAACCUGUUCUUACUGUGAUCAAAGACACCGUCGUAGAUUUCUUUAAAGCUGUUUUGAAAUUUCUGGGUAACUUGGAGUUGAUGUUUCUCAGUCUUGGGGGAGCUGCCGAGGCGCUCAUUAUCCUCGGAGUGGGGGCGUUUGCGUUCAAAUACCUGGCUGAACAGUAUGACAUGCCCUUUGAUCAGGCCGGCUACCUGUUAGGAGGUCUAAUAUUGUUCAGCGCUUUUGGGAUGGUGCUUGGUGGUAUCCUCAUCCGGGUAUUUCACCUUGAGGGGGUAGGGAUGGCGAGACUCAACGUCGGCCUGUGUGUUCUGUCCAGCAUCCUGGGGUUCGCACUGCUGGCCAAGUGCCCCAAUGUCCAGUUGGCAGGCACGGAAAUACCUUACCCGGGCGAGAGCUCUGUGGCUGCCAACAACGCAACGUGUCGUGGGUCAUGUGACUGCUCGAAGCAGAUGUACAACCCCGUGUGCGGCGCUGACGACAUCGUCUACUACUCCCCGUGUCACGCCGGCUGUAUCAACCAGACCACCCUCGGACCAUUAGCUACUUACGGCAACUGCAGUUGUGUGGCACAUAGUAUGAACAGAACUACCAAUGACGUCAUUUCCACUGCCGUAAAGGGGCGGUGUGAUAUUGACUGUAACAACCUGUACAUCUUAGCGCCUCUACUUUUUGUUAUGCUUCUAUCAGUAUUAACGACAACAACACCGGUUUCCAUGGCAACACUCAGAUGCGUGGAUCCGCAGCUGAAGCCAUUUGCACUGGGAUUCCAGUGGAUGCUGAUGAGGCUGUUAGGUUCCAUCCCAGGGCCGGUGCUGAUUGGCUUCGUUCUGGAUUCCUCCUGUGAAAUCUGGAGUCCCCCUUCUCCAGAUGGGACCCGGUUCUGCAUGCUCUAUAACAAGCAAAGGAUGUCCAUAGGUGUGUUCACGUGGUGGAUUGUUGUCAACAUCAUUGCGGCACUUUGCUUUUUGAUAGCUUCCUUUGCCGGUGCACGGAAGAGGAAGUCAAUGGACCUGUAGACCCACGAGCAACAGUUUUGUUUUUUAUGAGAUUGUGACUUUGCAUUGAAUUCCCUUCAUAUUUUGGUUCGAAGGAGUGUUCAGUGCUGACUGUGGACGUUGGUCAACGGUUGGUUUCCAUGGUAACAUUUCGCUUGUACAGAGAUCAUAUGCUUGUAUAAAGGUACAGAGACAAGUCCCGAGUUGACAUGAUCACAUGCAUCUGAUUGGUCAACAAAUUUACAAAAGGGGUCGAAAUGUAGACCAUUAUUAUUUUCGGUGGCAAUAUUCAAUACCUAUGAACACUUGUUAGUGGAGCCAGACAAUACUUAUCCAUACGCAUUAGAAUCCAUAUCACUUUGCUGGCCGUAAGUCACAAAACCUGCGGUAUUACUUAUCAUCAUGUAAUGUCCAAGCAAACCUCCUUAACCCAGACAGCAUCGUUCCCAAUGAAAUCGUUCGGUUAAACGAUACUACGCAAUACGGUGUUAUCUGCCUUUCAUAUGUAACUUUAAAUUCGCGAAAUUUAAAUUCUUACAAAAGUUUUUGUGUUCUUUAUACAAUUGAUGUAGCGACAUAACUGAUUCUUGUCAGUAACGAUAAGCGUUAGAUGAUUGAUCAGCCUACAAAGGCAUAUAGUACAUAUCAAACUUAUUAUAAUUACAUUACAUUUAUCGAUACAUUUACACAUACAGCUACCACCACCCACCUCACCCCAACAAGAUGACAUGCACUGUUAUAACUGCAAUACUACUAAAUGUACACGCACGGUGCUAUCAAUGUUACACAUUGUUUGUAGUUUAAGUUCCAUGCUCGUUGAAUUCUCGCUGCACCCUCAUCCUACUCACUUUAAUUACUUGAAGGUAGUCAUCGAGUCGUACUAAAAGGAUAGAAGAUUUAAAUUAACACGUGACCUAAAUACGUCACAGUUGAAUUGUUUUCUGCAUACGUUUGCAGCAUAACAACUUGAUUAAACCUACUUCUCAAAAUAAUGGAGGAAUCGUAUAGAGCCCUGUGGAUUUCUUACACAAAGGGUACACUUCAGGUGUUUGUGAAAUAACUGUUGGAUGGCUGUUUUUGCCCUUAAGAACAUUUUUAUGCAGGAGGUCCUGCCUUGUACAUGGAUACAUCAGUAUAGUCUAAUGUUUACACAUUUUGUUAUAUAUUUGUUCAAAAUGAUUUACGUUUUAUGUAGUAUGUAAUCUUUGAUUUUUAUUUGACAAGUUAAUAAAAUGUUCUUGUUGGA